UUUUGAAAAAUAAAAAAAUUAAAAUUUUCAAGGGAUAAACUUAGAAAUGUGCUAUUUUGGUCAUUUUAGUUUUUGAGUGUUAUUUUUGUGAUAUAAACUGCUAUUUUGGAGAUUCGCCAUUAUAAGAAACACAUAUAAUUUAACUCGACGCUCCUAAUUGGGCCCAAGGCCCGCAGAAAUUAAUCAGGAGUCAUCGAAUUAAUUUUAAAUUCCCGUUAAUUAGUUAACUAAUUAAAACCUCUAUCCUUCGGACAAGAAGAGAAGAACCGUUGUACUUUUGCAAGCAUUACUCAACGGCUAUUCCCUCCUCUAAUCAUCUCUUCUCCCACCUUUCUCCUUCUUCCUCUUUCUCAUCAAUUCGAUUGCAAUGGAGGGGAGAACCGGCCAAUCAACACCGGCGAUAACUGCGCCGGUCCCGGCUCCGGUUCCUCCGCCUUCUACACGGCGUCCUAGGGUGAGAGAAGUGAGCUCCAGAUUCAUGUCUCCCGUUGCUUCUUCAUCUUCCUCCGGAGAUCUCCAUCUACCGACUUCAAACUCUCCCAGACAUAAUCAACGAUCCAUUUCAACUCAGAAGUCUCAAGGAGAUACAAAGAGACGGAAGAGAGUUUUAGGACAACAAGCGGACGCACAUUCUUUGAAACUGCUUCGUAACCACUACUUGCAAUGGAGAUUCGCAAACGCAAAUGCUGACGUCAGAAAACAAGCUCAUAAAGCAGAAGCCGAGAGAAUGUUUUAUUCACUUGGUUUGAAAAUGUCAGAGCUCUCUCAUUGUGUACGUAAGAAACGCAUAGAGCUACAAGGACUAAUGAGAGUAAAAGCUAUUAAGGAGAUUGUGGAGCCUCAAAUGCCUUUAUUGGAGCAAUGGACAACUCUUGAAGAAGAAUACUCAACUUCACUAUCGGAAACAUCUGGAGCUUUAUUGAAUGCUUCAUUGCGGCUCCCUCUAGAUGCUGAUAUCAAGGUUUAUAUUGUUCGGAUUAACAUUGUUCCCUUUUGUGUAUCUUUUGCAUUAAUCACUUUCGAUUCUCAAUAUCAGGUUGAGACGAAAGAGUUAGAAGAAGUACUUGCGGUUGCUUCAAAGUCCAUGGAAGGCAUUGUGCAAAACAUUGGACAGUUUUUGCCUAAGACACAAGAGAUUGAGAGUUUGUUGUCGGAACUAGCGAGAGUAAGCAGCAGAGAAAAAGUAGCAGCAGAAGACUGUGGAGUUGCACUGCUUAAGACACAUUCAUCACAUGUUGAAGAUUGCUAUCUUAGAAGUCAGCUUAUACAGCAGCACCACAAGCAGUGCGUAUAAUAAAUGAAUUUGAAGCUCCCUUGCAUAAUAAAUGUAUCACACAAAAGAGUAUAAUAAAAGGUUUUGGUAAAGUCACUGUAUUGAAGGAAGCUGAUGAAACUGACGCUGUGGAAGCUAAUAAGAACAAAGGCAAUGCUUUCCGCCGCUGAUGAUAGCAAAUGUUGUUACAACACAACAAUGUUUUGUAUUAUGAAAUGUAAAAUUAUAUGUCAAAGAAAACAGAUUUGUUACAUGUUUCUGAUCCCAGGAUACGUUUGAGAGCAUCAGAUUCAUAA